UGACAGAAGUCAGCGGCGGAGCGGCUUAAAACAAAAAAAAAAAAUUAUAAAACAAAAAUAAAAAACUUUUAAAGUAGAAAACAAAAUACAAAAAAAAAAAAAUUUUAUUUUGUUUCAUCUUUCGAAAUUUAAUUUUUUUUUUAUAUUGUAGUUUUUAUGUUAUUUUUUUUUUUUUAAAUUUAUUCAAUAUAAAAAAAAUUUAUUCUUCUUGUUCGUGUAUCUUUUGCUGCAAUUUAUAAACGAAAAGAAAACAAAUAUACACACAUACCGUAUACAAAAAAAAAUAUAAAAAAAAAAAAAUAAAAAGAAAAGAAAGUAAAAAAAAAAUAAAAAAUUUAUUUUUUUCUUGUGAUAGAGAAUAUUGUUGUGAAUUAAGAGAAAAUAAAUAAAUAAAUAAAUAAAUUAAAAAAUAAAUAUAUACAUACAUAUAUAUAGUGCAUAUACAUAUUUUUUUUUUAUGAAUAUAAUUGUGUGUAUAGGUAUGUGUAUUUAAUAUACAAAUAAAAUAUUUAUAUUGUAUAAAAGAAUAAAAUUUAAUAAAAGCAGCAGCAGCAGCAGUAGCAGAUAGAAAAAGAAAAUCUUAAAGUGGAAUAUUUUGUACAAUAACAGUUUUCAAUACAUAUUUACAUACAUAGAUACUAUGUAUACAUAAAUAUAUACAUAGUGUAAUGCAUUAAUUAAAACUACAGAAAAGCGAGUGAUAAAAUGUUAAAAGUGCCAUACAUUUAGUUGGAUACAAAAAAAAAAAAAUUCGCCCAAAAACGGAGAAAAAUUUAAUUGAAAAAGUGUUUAAAAAAAAUAUGAAAAAAAAAAUAAAUUAAAUUUCAAUAGCAUUAUUAAAAAAUAAAAAAAAAAAAUUUCAAUAAUAAGUGAAAAUUUUUCAAAUUAUGAAAUUUCCAAUAUUUUUUUAAAUUUUCUGCGUAUAGCUGCAAUUUUACAUGUAUAUAAGUAUGUACACACAUAAAUGUACAUAAAUAUGAGUGUGUUUUUAAUAUUUAUAAAAUUAAUUAUAAUAAAAUAAAAUACAGGAAGCAGAAAUAUUAAUAAUAAAUUGAAAUUUUUAAUAAAAGUGUUUUUUUUUUCGUUCUCCAAAAAUUAUUGAAUUUCAUUCAAAAUGAAUAUUGGAUAUAUAUACUUAGAAGAAAUUCUUUGGAUAAUGGGAUUAUAAUACCACAUUUAUAUAAUUAUAUAAUGUCUAUCAAAAAAUUUUGAACUCUAUAUGGAAAUUAGUUCAAUUAUAAGCGGAUUAAUAAUAAUAUUAUAAAAGAUUCAACAGCAUAAUAUCAAAUUAAAAGAGAUAAUAUGCAACAGAAUUUUCAUCUUGUAUAAUUAAAACAAUAACCGAAUGGAAUGCAUUGAAACGUAUAACAAUUUCAAGUGUUAUAUAUAUUUAUUAAAAAGGGGCGAAUGUUCAAUUUUUCAAUACAAUUAAAAUAAAUUUAUAAAGAAAAUAAAAAAAAAAAGUAAAAUAAUAAAAUUUAAUUAAGUGCAAAAUAAAUAAAAAAAAAUAAAUAAAUAUAUUAUUCAAAUUUAAAUAUAAUUAUUAAAAAAUCAAUAACCUUUUAAUAAUAAUGAAAAUACAAUUAAAAUAUGGAUGAUAGUGAUUCGGGGAUUGGUAGCAAUUGUAGUUUUUCAACAUACAAUUAUUCAUCAACAAAUGUAACACCAUCACCGACAUCAACAUCGAAUUUUUUAAAUUUUCGUCAUAAUCAAUCUCCGUCACCUUUAUCUUUAUCAUCAUCAUCAUCAACAUUAUCAUUAUCAUCAACAACAGGAGCUGGUGCAGUUGGUUCAGUUUCAAAUUUACAACAAAGGACGACAUCAUUAACGCCGAUGUCAUCAUCAAAUGAUGAUCGUUUUAUUGCUGCUGGAUCACGAAAUUUAAAUAUUGGUCCUUCAAUAACAACAAAUUCAAAUUUAUUAUUAAAUAAUCAUAAUAACAAUAAUAAUAAUAAUAAUAUUAAUUUAAAUAAAAAUACAAAUUUAUAUAAUAAUAAUAAUGAUUUAAGAAUAACAUCAAAUUCAUUAAUCGGUCGCGAUAAUAAUAUUAUAAAUCGUUCAAAACAAUCUAUAACAUCAUCAUCAUCAUCAUCAGCAAUAUCUGGUGUUGGUGGUGGUAUUGGUAUUAGUGGUGGUAGUGUAAUAAAUUCAAUUCAAUCAAAAUCAGUUAUUAAUAAUAAUUCAAAUAUAUCGGGACUAACACGUGAUGAAGUAAAAAUUUGGCGUGAUCCACAAGCAAAUGAAUCUCUUAUACGACAUAUACAUUCAAAUCAACAUCAUCCAUUAUAUUUACCACCUGUUAAUAUUGGUGGAAUAGGUACACCAGCAGCAGCAGCAGCAGCAGUAGGAAUUCCAACUGCUGUUCCACCAAUAGCUUCUGUAGCAAUGCCAUUACAUACAGAUAGUGGAUUACCACCACCACCACCUGCACAUCAUACAACAAACACUACCGGUUCAUAUGGUAAUAGUAGUGGUGGUGUAAAUAAUACUAAUACAUCAGGAUAUAUUCCUCCACCAAUAUUUAAUGAUCAUUGGUCAUCAACAAAACAAUAUCCACAUCAACAUCAACAUCCUGCUGCUCCACCUGGAGUUUUACAUCAUUCAAGAGAUUAUUUGGAUGAAAAACAUUAUUCUAGGUUAUAUGCUUCUCAUCAUGGCCUAGAAAUUGGAAAUAGUUUACAACAUCAGCAUCACAAGUGAGUCACCAAAAUUUCGUUUUAAAAUUAAUUUGAAAUUGAAUUAGAGUAAGUGUGUUAUUAAUAAUCAUAGCUCUAUCCCGAGUAGAAUAAGUAUACUUACCCAUAAUAUACUCAUGAAUAUAUACAAAUAAGAAACUGCUGGAAGUGGAGAAAAAAAAAGACUUGCUAUUCGACAAGAAUGAAAAUAUCGGAUAAAAUUAGAAUAAAAUUGGGAUAACUCACCAUAAAAAAAUAGGAACGAAACCUAAUGAUACUUCAUAUGCCUUCACUAAAUUUCUCUGCAGGCAGUUCUGUAAACCAUUUCUAGCUGUAUAGCCGUAUGAUAUUUGAGAUUCUGUUAACUUUCCGAUUAGAAUAAUCAGUAUUCGAAAUUGCAAUAUUAUAAUUUUUUUGUUUUUUUGUUAUUUAAUAAUGGAGAACCAUUAUUAAAUUUUAUUAAAUUCUGUGAAAAAAUAAAAAUUGCAUCUCUUUCAAAUUCUUUCUUAACCAUUUUUUAAUUCAAUAUAUUAAUUACUAUACUUAGUGUCGUCCUUAAACAAUAUCAUAAAAAUUCAUAAAGACUUGAAAUAAAAAAUACUAAAUCUGACCCUAUACCCUGAAAGCUAGCUAUAUUGAAAACAUUUUGUUAUACGGCAAACAUUUGUUUAUGUUUGAAAAUAAUUAGAAAUGAAUUGAAAUUGCAAU